AUUCCAUUCAUUCUUGUAUGAAGAGACAAUUUAAGGUAGUUGGAGGAGCAUAAGAAGAUAAUGGAAAACCAAAAGACAGAAACAUGGAUUGAAAAAGCAAAACCAUUCAUAGCUGUUUUGUUUUUGCAAUUAGGUUAUGCAGUUAUGGAUGUUUUAUCAAAAGCUGCAUUGAAUAAAGGAAUGAGCAACUAUGUUUUUGUUGUCUAUCGUCAUACUGUUGCAUUCAUUGUCAUUAUCCCUUUUGCACUCUAUUUUGAAAAGAAAGUGAGGACGAAAAUGACCGUUUCAAUCUUCAUAAAAAUAUUGGUGCUGAGCUUGCUAGAGCCAGUUAUUGAUCAAAACUUGUACUUUUUGGGAAUGAAAUACACAACAGCAACCUUUGCAGCUGCCAUGACCAAUAUGCUUCCUGCUUUUACUUUUAUAUUGGCUGUCAUUCUUAGGCUUGAGAAGAUAAACAUAAAAAGUAUACGAAGUCAGGCAAAGGUGCUGGGUACUAUAACAACCGUCGCAGGUGCCAUGAUGAUGUCACUAGUUAAAGGCCCAAUACUUUUAGAGGCAUUUGGAAACAAAAGUCACAACCAUGAUAGUGGUGCUGUAACUAGUCAACAUGCAAUAGCUGGAGGAGUGUUGAUCUCAAUAGGAUGCAUUAGUUGGGCUUGUUUUUUUAAUCUUCAAGCUAUUACCCUACAAACAUACCCUGCACCACUUUCUCUUUCCUCAUGGAUAUGUCUCAUGGGCACCAUUGAAGGUGCAGCUGUAGCUUCAGUUAUGGAAUGGGGUCAUCCUUCAGUUUGGUCCAUAAAAUGGGAUAUGAGAUUGCUGUCUACUAUUUACACAGGUCUAUUCUGCUCGGGCCUAAGUUAUUAUCUGCAAGGAGUCGUGAUGAAAACAAGAGGUCCGGUUUUUGUCACGACAUUUAAUCCUUUUAGUAUGGUGAUUGUAGCUAUCUUUGGAUAUUUUCUUCUCGCGGAACAAAUGUUUCUCGGAAGGGCAAUAGGUGCAUUUAUCAUUUGUUUGGGUUUAUACCUUGUUGUGUGGGGAAAAAGCAAAGAUUAUGAUAACUCGUCGGAAGCCAUUAUUGAAGAGCCUGUUGAAUCACCUAAGCAAACUGCAGGUGAAAAUUGCACUCAUGAAGUCAUCAUUAUUCGUUAACUUUGGAACUGAAAUCAUUGGCAUUUGAGCAAUUAUGUAUCUUCCAUGCGUCCAUAUUGUUUUUUAUCUUUAAAUUGUGGUCUGCUUGGGUAGAGAUUUUUAACAUGUUGUAGGGCGUUUGAAUAAGUAAAUAUCAAAACUCCCAAAGUGUGUUUUGAAACUUUGUAAAUAUUUUAUAUUACCAAUUGCAAUAUAUUAUUAACAUGGUGAUGUCACAGAAAUUUAAUAUAAUAAUACAAUUCAAUUUUUCAUUCA